GCUACGGUAAUUAGCGUAGCUACUGAGGAUUCCCAGGAAUGUCCGAUAAUGUGACGAGUCAUAAGCUACCGCUUUGUCACUCAUUCAUCACUUCAAAACAAGAAACACUCGUCUUUUUCAACGCAACUUGACAAUCGACGGCGAGCAAAGACUGCAGCCAACCAUGAGAAGCAUCAGGAGCAAUAGUGGCAGCAGAAGGAAUAUUAAUAGCAAGCUUCGUGGUGUUCAAUGGGUGUUUUACGUGGUCCUCCUCUUUGUUCUGGUGGCAUUUGCUGCCAUUCCGGCCUUCAUCUUUUAUGAUGCCGCCAUGGAGGAACUCCAUUACACCGACUUUUCCAAUUAUCCCACCAAACGACUCCUCUUGGUGGGCUGGACCACCUCACUCAAGGAGCUAAGUCAAAACUGGAUUGUCAACAAGGAACUCGAAGAAAUAUGUCGCGUCUAUGAUCCCACACGUCCCAGAAGUCAUGGGUAUCAUGAAGGGCAUGAAGGAGGCGUUCGCGUACACAUCUUUUAUCAACAAGGAGAUACCGAAGCCAUGCAUGAACUACAAGCCGUGCUAGUGCAGCAAGGAUGUUCCGCGUCCUUUACGCAAGAAAACACUAAAAUCAACAUUUACACAGAAAGAUCGAACCAGAGACAGCUCCUUCUGAAUGACUUUGUUCGGUACAACGCAGUCAUCAAUAUUGAUUUUGACAAUGUCAUUUCGCUGCCAUCCCUUUCCAGCCUCCAACAUGGCAUCGAUCAUGCGAUUGACAAUCCAGCAUCCGUCAUUUGUGCCAAUGAACGGCGGACAUGGCACAUUUUGUUUCGACAAGCGCGCCCUCAGCGCCGUCAGGAAGAAGAUGAAGACGAGGAUCAACAACAACAGCCACACACCAACACGGACUUUUGUUCCGAAGGAUUCACCAUGUACAGCUGGCACGCUUGGUCCAAUCCAGACUGUAGCUACUUUGACGCCAACAACGAUAUCGGGCCGAAGGGCCCACCGGUCCAUACCGUCUUCCAGGCAUGCCUCAAGAGCACGUGUCGCGCUACACGUAUUGGUGUCCAGCCAGAUCUCAUCAUUUGGCGGAAAUCCAAUACGAUUCCAUGCAUUCUUAUAGUGGUAGUUGCUCUGCUGACGGGACUGGCCCUGUCACUGGGACGCAGACGCUUGUCGUCCACAAGCUGCAAAUCCUCGGACGUGGUGGUGGACCUGGAGGGACAAUCCAGCAGACAACAAUGGCGGGGUUUCACAAGGUACCACAGGGUGAAGCAAUGAGAACAUGAAAACGCUUCAAUUGCUGCAGAAGAAGUCCACUGAUCACGUAUUCAUCAUUGAUUCCGGUGAUGAUGCAUGGCGGUAUGACUAUUUGAUACCUUUUUGACUUGAAACCAAACAGAUUCGCCACAAGUAGAAACACAAGACAGUGUCAUUCCUCUCAAAGUUCUGGUGCAAGACUUUCCACCGCAAUUGGUUCGAGGGUGAUCGUGCGUUGUUAGAGGUCACAGGCACGAGUGUGCCACUAGCUAGCUAGUUGGACAGGAUCCAGUGCCCCCCCCCCUGCUCAGCUUACAAAGAAGCACUCUCAGGCAACCAGUUCUGUAUCUGAAAGAUUCCUGCAAAUAAUGUUAGGCCAGUAAAGAAUUAUCAACACCAAUUAUUCAGAGAAGGACAUUAGCUACAUGUAUCAUUUCUUCGAAUGCUCAAGUAUCAGCAAGCUCUAAAACUCAUGUAGCCAUGACACCAUAGACACACUGAACACUGAAACCUGCAGGUCUCCCGAAUGCUCGCAGAAGCUUCCAUGACAAUGGAUUCACCAAGCAGCCAGGAGUAGUGGCAGUGCUAAAAGACAGGCUGACAGAAAGGUCAA